AUGGAGUUACAGAACGAGGACAGGAACAAAGAAGAAGAGAAAAAGACGAAGAAGAAGUGGCAGAAGAGUUACUUCGAUGUUCUGGGAAUCUGCUGUACAUCGGAAGUUCCUCUGAUCGAGAAUAUUCUCAAGUCUCUCGAUGGCAUAAAGGAAUAUUCCGUCAUCGUUCCGUCGAGAACCGUAAUCGUUGUCCAUGACAGCCUCCUCAUCUCUCCGUCCCAAAUUGCUAAAGCCUUGAACCAAGCUAGGUUAGAAGCAAACGUGAAAGUAGACGGAAAAACCAACUUCAAGAAUAAACGGCCAAGCCCUUUCGCCGUGGUUUCCGGCAUACUCCUCCUCCUCUCCUUCUUGAAGUAUAAAUACCCGCCUCUUCGUUGGCUCGCUGUCGCAGCAGUAGCCGCUGGUAUUUAUCCGAUUCUUGCAAAAGCCGUUGCAUCGAUAAGAAGGAUUAGGGUCGACAUCAACAUCCUAGUCAUUAUAACCGUUGCAGCGACACUUGCAUUGCAAGAUUACAUGGAGGCUGCAGCAGUUGUGUUCUUAUUCACCAUAGCCGAAUGGCUUGAAACAAGAGCUAGUUACAAGGCAACCGCGGUAAUGCAGUCACUGAUGAGCUUAGCUCCACAGAAGGCAAUAAUAGCAGAGACUGGAGAAGAAGUUGAAGUAGAUGAGGUUAAGGUUAACACAAUUGUAGCAGUCAAAGCCGGUGAAACCAUACCUAUUGAUGGGAUUGUGGUGGAUGGAAAUUGUGAAGUAGACGAGAAAACCUUAACGGGAGAAGCAUAUCCUGUUCCUAAACAGAGAGAUUCUACUGUUUGGGCUGGAACCAUCAAUCUAAAUGGUUACGUAAGUGUGAAAACAACUGCUUUAGCCAGUGAUUGCGUGGUUACAAAGAUGGCUAAGCUCGUGGAAGAAGCUCAGAGCAGUAAAACCAAAUCUCAAAGACUAAUAGACAAAUGUUCUCAGUACUAUACUCCAGCAAUCCUCUUAGUAUCAGCUGGCUUUGCGGUUGUCCCAGCUAUAAUGAAAGUACACAACCUCAACCAUUGGUUUCAUUUGGCACUUGUUGUGUUAGUCAGUGCAUGUCCCUGUGGUCUUAUCCUCUCUACACCAGUUGCUACUUUCUGUGCGCUUACUAAAGCGGCUACUUCAGGGCUUCUAAUCAAAAGUGCUGAUUAUCUUGACACUCUCUCAAAGAUAAAGAUCGCUGCAUUCGACAAAACUGGGACUAUUACCAGAGGAGAGUUCAUUGUCAUUGAGUUCAGAUCACUCUCUAGAGAUAUAAGCCUACACAGCUUGAUUUACUGGGUAUCAAGUGUUGAAAGCAAAUCAAGUCAUCCAAUGGCGGCAACUAUUGUGGACUAUGCAAGAUCUGUUAACGUUGAGCCUAGGACUGAAGAAGUUGAGGAUUACCAGAAUUUUCCAGGUGAAGGAAUCUAUGGGAAGAUUGAUGGGAAUGAUAUCUACAUUGGGAACAAAAGGAUUGCUUCACGAGCUAAUUCUUCUACAGUUCCAGAGAUUGAGGUUGAUACCAAAGGAGGAAAGACUGUUGGAUACGUCUAUGUAGGUGAAAGACUAGCUGGAGUUUUCAAUCUUUCUGAUGCUUGUAGAUCUGGUGUAGCUCAAGCAAUGAAGGAACUGAAAGAUCUUGGAAUCAAAACGGCAAUGCUAACAGGAGAUAAUCAAGAUGCAGCAAUGCAUGCUCAAGAACAGUUAGGAAAUGCUUUGGAUGUUGUGCAUGGAGAACUUCUUCCAGAAGACAAAUCCAAAAUCAUACUAGAGUUUAAGAAAGAAGGUCCAACAGCUAUGGUAGGAGAUGGUGUGAAUGAUGCACCAGCUUUAGCUACAGCUGAUAUUGGUAUCUCCAUGGGGAUCUCUGGCUCUGCUCUUGCAACACAGACUGGUCAUAUCAUUUUGAUGUCUAAUGAUAUCAGAAGGAUACCACAGGCGAUAAGGCUAGCGAGGAGAGCGCGGCGCAAAGUUGUCGAAAACUUGUUCAUAUCAAUCACUUUGAAAGUAGGGAUACUGAUUUUGGCAUUUACUGGUCAUCCUUUGAUUUGGGCUGCAGUACUAGCUGAUGUGGGGACUUGUCUGCUUGUGAUUCUCAACAGUAUGUUGUUGCUGCGAGAGAAGGACAAAACCAAGAACAAAAAGUGUUACAGGGCUUCUACAUCUGUGUUGAAUGGUAAAAAACUUGAAGGCGAUGCAGACGAAGAGCUGGACUUAGAGGCAGGCUUGUUAUCAAAGAGUGGUCAAUGCAACUCAGGAUGUUGUGGUGAUAAGAAAAAACAAGAGAAGGUGAAACCAAAAUCAAGUUCUGACCAUAGACACUCUGGUUGUUGUGGUGAUAAGCAGCAAGACAAUGUAAAGCUGCUUGUGAAAGAGAGCUGUUGCGGUGAGAAAAGUAAGAUAGUAGUGAGAGAUAUGGCUUCAUUGAGCUCAUGCAAGAAGUCUACCCAUGUCAAAAAAGACAUGAUAAUGAAAGGUGGUUCAGGUUGUUGUGAUAAGAAGAAAGAUACGCUGAAGGAAAUAGUGGCAAAGAGCUGUUGUGAGCAGAAGGAGAAAGCAGAGAAAAAUGUUGAGAUGCAGAUUCUUGGCCAAGAGUUAAUUGAUUUGGAGAAAGGUCUUCAUAAAAAGUCUGGUUGCUGCAGUGAUGGACACAAACAAACCGAGGAAAUAACUAUGGCUUCUGAGGAAGAGAAAGAGAGUCUGGAUUGUUCCUCAGGAAGCUGCGAGAACAAGACCACCAUGAAAGGUCUAGAAGGAGAAGUGAAAGAGAAAUUUGAUCUCCAGAUAAAGAAUGAAGGACAUUGCAAGUCUAAUUUCUGUGGUGAUGAAAAGCAAACCGGAGAAAUCACUCUGGCUUGUGAGGAAGAGACAGACGGUUCUGAUUGCUCCUCGGGAUGCUGCGUAAACAAGGAGGAAGUGGAACAAAGCUGCCAUGAGAAGGCAUGUCUGGAAACUGAAACUGGUGUAAGUUGUGACCUCAACUUGGUUUGUUGUGGAAACUCAGAAGGAGAAAUGAGAGGCUUGCAGAUGAAGAACGAAGAACAAUGCAAGUCUGAGUGCUGCAGCGAUGAAAAACAAACGGGGGAAAUAACUCUGGCCUCAGGAUGCUGUGGAAACAAGGAGGAAGUGACACAAACCUGUCAUGAGAAGCCUGUAAGCAAAUCUCUUUGCUGUGGAACUGGUUUGAAGGAAGAUGAGUCUUCUAGUUUGGUAAAUGUGGUGGAGUGUGGUAGCAAAGAGAGGGAGAUAGUGAAAGCUUUUAGCCAAAGCUGCUGCACAAGUCCUACUGAUCCGGUGUUAUCUGAAUUGCAAGUGAAGAAGGUAAAGAUUUGUUGUAAAGUGAAUACUCCAGAGGCGGCGUGUGGAUCAAAGUGUAGUGAAAGGGUGAAGCGUCACACUGGUAAAAGCUGUUGCAGGAGUUAUGCCAAGGAAUAUUGCAGCCACAUGCAUCACAACCAUCAUCACCAUCAUCACCAUGUUGGGGCUGUUUAACGGAGAUUGUGACAGAGUGGCCUUGAAUCUCGAUGCAUCCAUCUAUUCACAUAACCUUGCUUCUUCCACUAGUGCCGUCCAGAAAAUUCAAAAAAUGUUUUAUUGUUUCCAGGAAAGGCUAGAUUUAGCAACUGUGGUUCAUCAAGAACAUUUUUAGUGAUCCUUGUGUUGCCUGAAGUAUUUCUCGUUUUUGUAUUUUUGUUAUGUAACUCGAUCGGUUCUUUUAACUCGUAGGAACAAACAAGUUUGGAACUUUAUCUUAGGGUCUUGAAAGAUGAAAACAGUAUCAAAGUGAGCGUUACAAUCA